CCCCUAUCUGUGAAAUGAAAGUAGGACCAAAACACGGGAACACGAGGCGAUGAAAUUGUCGAAUUGAAUUUAACAGAGUAGGCUGACAUAUUUUCAUAGUUGAUUGGCAUAGAGAAAAUGAAGACUGUGGCUUUGAUAAGUGGUGGAAAGGAUAGCUGUUAUAACAUGAUGCAGUGUGUUAUGGAGGGACAUGAUAUUAUAGCAUUAGCUAAUCUCAGGCCAAAAGAAAAAGAUGAGAUAGAUAGUUAUAUGUAUCAAACUGUGGGACACCAUGCCAUUCAUUUGUAUGCUGAAGCCAUUGGAUUACCACUUUAUCGUCAUACUAUUGAGGGUUCAUCGACAACUAUAAAAAUGGACUAUAAGACAACUGAAGGAGAUGAAGUAGAGGAUCUAUAUACUUUAUUGAAGAAAAUUAAAGAUGAGUUACAGAUAGAAGCUGUUUCUGUUGGUGCUAUUUUAUCUGAUUAUCAGCGAGUAAGAGUGGAACAUGUUUGUCAGAGACUAGGACUUACCUCCUUAGCCUAUCUUUGGAGAAGGGACCAAUCAGAACUGCUGAAAGAAAUGAUAGAUUCAGGGGUGUCAGCUAUUUUGAUUAAAGUAGCAUCUAUGGGGUUAAAUCCUAAGAAUCAUUUGGGAAGAAGUUUAAAAGAACUAUAUCCACAGUUAUUGCAGGUGAAUAGAGAGUUCCAGUUAAAUGUUUGUGGUGAAGGUGGAGAAUAUGAGACCUUUACUGUAGACUGUCCCCUCUUUAACAAGUCUAUUGUCAUUGACACUUCAGAAGAAGUUAUUCAUUCAAAUGAUGCAUUUGCUCCUGUCAGUUAUCUUAAUCUUCAAUCUGUGCAUGUUGAAGAUAAACAUUUGGAUAUGAAAAAAAGUUUGGCAUCAAGACUUGCCCAUUAUCCCUUGAAAAGAAGUUCUGAUAUUCAUAAAGAAAUCUUCAGUGAAAAUGAACCUCUAUUCCAUGAAAGUGAUAUAAGUGAACAUUACACUCCAUAUAAAUGUCCAGAAGGCACAGAUUUGAUAAAACUGCAAGUUAAACAGAGAGAGAAAGAAAUUUGGAUAACAGGUGUAACAGUGAAAAGAGAAAGAGGAAAAACAACAGAUGAAAUGACAAGUCUGGCAAUGAAUAAAUUGAAAGAAUGCAUGUUAGAGCUUCCUGGAAACUGGAGCUUAAGUGACCUAUGUAUGAUACAUCUGUACAUUAGUGAUAUGAAUGAUUUCGGAGCAAUUAAUGAUGUAUACAAGAAAUAUUUUGGAUUAAAUCCACCUGCCAGGGUAUGUGUGCAAGUACCUCUGCCUGAAAAUAUUGUGUUGCAGUUGGAAUGUUACGGUUCUUGUGAUGAUGAUAAACAUACCAUGCAUGUACAGAGUAUCUCUCAUUGGGCACCAGCAAAUAUUGGCCCAUACAGUCAGGCUGUCAAAGUAGAUAAAAGACUGUACAUAGCUGGUCAGAUAGCUAUGGUUCCAAGUACAUUGAACAUAAUAAGCGGAGGAAUCAGAGCUGAAAGUAGACUUUCUCUUCGUCAUAUCCAUAGAAUUUUAGAAGCUAUGCCUGGAAGUACUACUUUGCAAAAUAUUUCUCUAGCUAUCUGUUAUGUAAGCCAAAAAGAUUACAUAUCCAUAGUAAAAAAAGAAAUGAAGUAUGCUGGACAUACAUUUCUGCAGCAUAAUCAUUCAAGCUUUUCAAUAGAAUACAACACCAUGCCAAGCAUGAUAGAGUUUGUUGUUGUUCCUAGAUUGCCACGCAAUGCCAAAAUUGAAUGGAAGGUGUACUCAGACAUUACAGAUAUUCUUUCCAUAGAAAAUACAGUUUUGCAUAUAUCUGACCAGCUCAAGUCAACAGGAAAAUAUAUAGUCACCCAUUCUUCUCUGUCCUGUAUUGUUAAAGUUGAAAGUUCAAUUAACCAGUUUGAGAGACCAGAUCUAAGCAGAGUUGUGAAAUGUUUUUGUCAGUGCUAUGAAAAAAUAGUACACUCCUCUGAAGUAGAGUGGAAGUCAUUACCAGCUCUUAGUAUAUUCUACUCUGUGCUAUCAACAUUUUCAUAUGACCAUUUGAUGAAAGAACUUUCAUGCCAGCUGAACAAAGAUAUUAUAUUUACAAUAGUACCUGUGAUAGAAUUAUCAUUGGAAACAACAUUGUUGGUUGGUUGUCAUUGAAUUUCAAUUAUAAGAUAUCUUAGAUUAAAACAUUUACAAGGAAUAAUUGUGAACCUUGCACGUUACAGCCUUGACAGUAUGAGGGAAAAGUAUAAUUGCAAGUAGGACUUCUUUCUUCUUCAUGAAAUAAUUAUAUAUUAUUCAUAAGUCACUAAAAUACACAUUUUUAUAUUUUGUCUCAAUAAAUUGUUAUCCUUCUUA